UUUUACUUGUCACCUAAAAUUCCCAACAGUCAAAUUCCCUCCAAUCUCAACCAUCAAAGACUCAUAAAAUGCGAUGCUGAUAACGUAACAUGACCCGAAUUCAUAAUAACGCAAUACCGCUAUUUCUAAAUCUGAAGUUCAAAUCUAUGAAGAAGUUAUUUAUAUUACAAGAACCCAUUCACACUCAUGCUUAACCUUAGGUCCUCGGAGAAUGGAUAUGGAAGAUAUGAGCGUCCAGAUGGUCGCCGCAGACACAGCAGCUGAGGUCGCAGCAGACGUCGCUGUGGCCGACCCUCAAAAUAGACACCCAAAAAAAUCGAGUCAGACCUGCAUUCCUUGUAGAGUACGAAAAGUGCGAUGUGAUGGCCGUCGCGAUGGAUGCCAAAAUUGCGAGCGAUUAGGAUUCACUUGUUCAUUCCAAGAUGCCGCGUCACCUAACCAGGACCCAGAGAGUAUAACAAAUUUCACUUUACCGCGGAGACGAGUGAGAUUAGCCUGUGCGAACUGCCACUCCAGGAAGGCUAGAUGUAGUGGCGAGACGCCGAAAUGUGCUAGGUGUCAGGCUCAGGGUAUUGAAUGUGUUUACAAACCCACGAAGCGAUCGGGAGGCAUCAGCAGCAGCACCACUCAGCAAAGUCAUCAAGGCAAUACCGACUCAGAAAUUGAAUCGGUCUCAUCAGAACCGCCAGAAAAAAGGGCGAGGAUGAGUAAGGAAAACCCGGAUUCUCAUCAAUCGGGCCAACAUGAUUUUGAGCCGAAUCCGCAAACGACAUCUGGGGGGUCGAAUCAUGAACCAUUUACAUUUCCCGACGAAGCUUUGAUACAGCGGACAUUCAAUAACUUCUUUCGCCAUAUCCAUCAUGUCCCCAUCUUCUCUUUUCUUCAUCGCGCCUCACUCAUGCAGCGAUAUCAUGCUGGUAUGAUGGAUAAAGCACUACUUCUAGCUCUGGUAGGAAUCACUUCACUCCUUAUGGAUUUAGGCCCCGGAACACGUGAGUAUGGUGUAAGAUGUGUCGACGAAUGCCAAAAUAUGGUGCUCCGGGAUCUCGAGAAUCCUUCAACUCUUAAAAUUCAAGCCCUGGUUCUCGUCAUGAAGCAUCGGAUGUUAUCGCGAAAAUUUACCACUGCUUUCAUGCUCGCGGCUACAGCGACACGCUUCGCUUAUGCACUUCGUCUAAAUUAUGAAAAUUCGAAUUUGUGCUUCUUGGCUCGGGAGUCGCGGAGAAGACUGAUGUGGGCACUUCUUACUAUUGACUCGGGCAUUAACGGCGGAUGCUCAGAUUUUACACUGAUGCCCUCCGAAUCUUUACACAUUCAGCUUCCAUGUACCGAACGUAACUUUGAAUUCGACCUUCCACAAGUAACAGAAUAUCUACGAUCUGUUCCCACGCGACCUUUUCCGGAUGAUGUUGGUUCGUUAGCACUGCACGUGCGACUCUUAUGGAUGAGGAGCAGAGUAUUGUACUGCACGAAGAAUGUGUUAGGAAUGCCAGAAUCAGAACUCGUACAGUUACCAGAGCUAGUCAAGGUUCUCUCAGACGAAUUGGCCGGUUUCAACGACCACCUCCCUUCGUCCUUCAAAUUCUCAGAGAGCAACCUUCAGCUACGCGCCUACUCUCCGCGGCUCUGUGUCUAUAUCAUGAUCCACGUUUGGUGGCGACAGUGUCAUUGCGAUUUGUACCGAAUGUUCCUCGCGGGACUCAAAGAAGCAUUACCGCAAUCGGGCUUAAAUCGACUGGAUCCUCAAUUUCUGUCGUACUGCGUGCGCCAAUGCUACGAACACGCCUUAGCUAUGACUGAUGUCUUCAAACUAAUCCUGUCGCUUGAUGGAGGCCUACCCGUCACCGAUCUCGAUCUACCUGGUUGUGCCUACCAGUGUGCUCGACUUAUUUACUUCGUCUACCAAACGAAUCCAGAGGAAACUGGACUAACACCAAGCCAAGUUCACGAAAUUGGAACAAGAUGUCUUACUAUCGCGAAAUCUAUGGACCAUAUCCCAGCUGGUGUUGCCAUUGUUUCCGAUCUCGAGAAAUUAGUUGCUCGUGGUACCUCGGCGGACUCGACUUCAAAUCGUCCAGAAAGUCCAAAUACUAGUGGAUCUAAUCUCUUAACUCAACAAGUCUUGCCGCGACACAACCCAAUUCAACAAAUACAGAUGGUUGACGAAGGCGGAUUCACUAACAUUCCCAUACUAUCCCCAACAGCCCAUAUUGCUUCUCCACAAGGCAGCUCAAUGUCCACUCCUAUCCCUCACUCAGCCCCUCGCCCAGCACAACUACAUAACCGCGGGUCACCACUUCCUGGAACUUCAAUUGGUGACUUUAAUAUGAGUAAGCCCAACCUGCCCCCUGUGAUGCCACCCGAUGGCAUUGACAACAACAAUGCUUUUGAGGGUGCGAUGGAUGGUUUCGACUUUAACUUCGAAUCUUUUGGAAAUACUGGGCUAGAAUCUGCGUCCUGGAUUUCAAACGAAUGGUUAAACAAUGACUACUCACAAACGGCAGUCUGACUUCCCCGGCCUGAUCCUAAUCCCCCCUAAAUCUUAAAACAGGCUGGAUCUCGAAAUUCCAAUGGUGGCAAUUCAUAUGGGAAGAAUUCCCGUCGCCAACAUAUGCAAACUCAGUAACCGCGCUUGGCAAUUUAGUGGUUACUGCCGGUUUUAAUUAGCCAAGUAAGCCAAGUUUGUCAGAGGGGUUGUUCCAACAGGCGUGCGACCACUGUCAGAGAAAUUCGAUGUGGCGGUGUAAGUCCAUGCUCAUAAACCCAGCAUGUGGCCAAUAUGCGACUUUCCCAGCCGAACACACGCUAUCAGAUACCGGUUUAUUGGAAUGAUUGUCUCGGUUCAUGGCCUUGCCUGUCCAAGUUUUUGGCCUAGACUGGCCACCUCACAAAUUCGGGCCCCAUUGAU